AUGCUAAGGAGCAUUGCUGUCUACUAUAGUGGGGGUGUUAUAGGGAAACGAAAGUAUCGGGCCACAUACAGGGAUAGUAGUUAUAAAAGAAAUAGUGCUAAGGCUGUGCGCAUUGUUGUUAAUUACUGUCCUGUCCCAAGGCUUGUCCCAUACAAUAGGCUGAUGCCUUUUAUUAAGUCUAUUGACAUUGGUCAACUUUAUAGUGUCAGGGAGACACUGUGUCAAGGACUUGCAGAAGAGGACAAAGUGGAUGGUAUGUAUCGGGACAUAAAACAGUUGUUGCUUUACCUUGCUAAAUUUUAUCUUUGUCAGAGCAGGUAUAAACUGGAAUGGUUUGGAGGCGAAGUCAACACAUUCCAAGUUUCUCUUGGUGGUGAUGGAGCUCCAUUUGGGAAAGAUGACACUGCAUGUGCCUGGCUUGUCAGUUUCCUAAAUAUAGGCAGAGGAGUCCUCAGCAGUAAUGAGAAUUAUCUAUUGUUUGGGGCCAAUUGCAAGGAGGAUUGCAUUCCAGUUGCACGUUUUCUAAAAAAGGUUGUAAGUGAUAUCAGUGAUUUAGAGAAGAGCACUUUUUCUUUAGACUGUAAUGGCACCUCCUGUAAUAUCCAGUCCAGUAUCCCAAGAUUUGCAACAUAGUUCAGUUCGCACAUGCGCAUUAGCAACACUUUGCAUUACCACGUUGUCAGCUCGAGUCGGAGAAGUUUGUUCUAUUAAAGCAUUGUUUAUACUGAGAAGACUAGCGGUUGUUACACCUCCAUUGAUGUUAAAUUUAAGAUUUCAGAACUUCCAAAUGACAUGAAAAUGUUGGCAUUCCUUGCUGGCGAAUUAUCUAAUGCUGCAAUGUACUUUUCAACUUUUGCAGAUGUUAGCAGUGACACUAUGAACAAACUUGAUGGCACAUUUGGAUUUACUGGAAAGGAAGUGUGGAAGCCGUGGAGAUAUGAGACCAGAAUAAAUGUUGCUAAGCAGGUUGGCACCUUAAAAAAGUCCCUGGCAAAGAAGCAAAUGGCUGCAUCCACUCGUCGAUCUAAAAUAACGUCUUUCAUUGCCCAAAAGCACAGCCGCCAGGAAUUUGAGCCAGUUGUUGGUAAAUUGAUUGACCUGGUGCAUGUGGAUCCCCUGCACUUAAAGAAUUAUGCUUGUGCACGAGCUCAUCAGCAACUGUUAAAUGAAGUCAUUGCUAAUGUCAAAACUAACUGA